GUAACCCUUUUUUCAAGCCACCGCAGCACUCAGGUCUUUCUUUCUGCGUUCCAAAACAGAGACACGUUCCCUCUUUUUCUCACACUCUUCUCUCUCACUCACAUUACUUUACAUGCACACUCCUCAAAUUCAACACUCCAACCAAACACCUUCACCUCAAGAUGCGAAUUCCGAUCAAUAACCGACUCAGAACCCUCAUCACCCAUUCUCCCUCCAAAUUCCGCCAUGUUUCUACCUGUAGAGCUGUUCUUCUUCCCUCUUUUGGUGGACCCCAAAACCUCGAAAUCCACCCCAAUGUCGAAGUCCCUCCUCUCAAACCCAACGAAGUCCUCGUUCACUCUCGUGCAGUUUCCAUCAACCCUCUAGACACCCGGAUGCGUGUUGGUUAUGGGCGUUCAGUUUUUGAGCGGCUUCUGCCGAUUAUUUUGGGCCGGGAUGUAAGUGGGGAGGUGGCGGCGGUUGGUGCUUCGGUGAAGUCGGUGACUGUGGGGCAACAGGUUUUUGGGGCUUUGCAUCCAACUGCUGUUAGGGGGACUUAUACUGAUUAUGCAAUUCUUUCUGAAGAAGAAGUUACUUCAAAACCAGAUUCACUUUCUCAUGUGGAAGCAAGUGCCAUUCCUUUUGCUGCACUGACAGCUUGGCGUGCUCUAAAUGGUACUGCUAGAAUAACUGAGGGGCAAAGGAUAUUAGUAGUGGGAGGCGGAGGUGCUGUAGGGUUUUCUGCUAUUCAACUUGCGGUGGCUGCUGGCUGCUCUGUCACAACUACCUGUGGAAGCCAAAGCGUUGAACGAAUGUUAGCAGCCGGUGCUGAGCAAGCUGUUGAUUAUCUUUCUGAGAAUUAUGAAUUGACUAUAAAGGGAAAGUUUGAUGCUGUUUUGGACACAAUUGGUGUGCCAGAUACAGAACGUAUGGGCAUUAGUUUUCUGAGAAGAGGUGGACAUUAUAUGACACUUCAGGGUGAAGCAGCAUCCUUGGCUGAUAGGCUUGGUCUGACUCUUGGUCUUCCCGCCGCUACAGCUUUUUUAUUGAGAAAACAGAUUCAAUACCGACUCUCUAACGGAAUAGAAUACUCAUGGGUAUUCAUGAGGUCUGACAUAGAAGGCCUAAUUGAGAUUCGAAAACUAUGUGAAGCAGGGAAGAUGAAGAUACCUGUGGAUAAAACGUUUCCCAUAACACAAGUAAAAGAAGCUCAUGAGGCAAAAGACAAGAGAAUCAUUCAAGGUAAAGUGGUGCUAGAAUUUGAUUGAAGGCCUCAAGCUCAUAAUAGGGAGUUGCUAGUCUAGAUUUUUCAGCCUAUUUUGGGUCUCCUCUUCAAUGGAUUGUUCCACAAUUAAUUGAGAAAUAGACAGUGUUUUUUUCUUCUGGGUUUUUACUGUAUGAUAGAAAGUGAAACUUUUUUUGUAAAUUUAGAUUCCUAAUAUCCAAUAAAAAAACCUGUAAAUUUGUUGAGAAUUUUGUGUGAUGCCUUGAGCUGUAUACAUCUGUUCUGUUUGUAGUCAUGUCCACUUGUAAAAGGUGUGGGAAUGACUUUAUGCCUCAAUAAAUCCAAUGUGUCAGUUGCACUUAUUUUCUGUA